AAUGUGUUUAAGAGAUAAGGUAAAAUACAGAUUAGUAUCAGCUCAUUGUUUAGCAGGUUAAACAAUGAAGUCGGGGGUCUGCGAAUUGAACUUUAUUGGAAACACUGACCCAAGUUUGACCAAGUUGCUAUUGAUAAUUUCAGUAAUUGGCAUUCCUGUUAAUGACUCACAACAGGCUUGUUGAGUCAGUUAUGGACAUACACACCAAACCGAGACAAUUUUCGGGACAGCUUUACAAGUACACUAAUGUCAUGAAAGGCUGGCAGUACAGGUAUUUCCUGGUCGACGCCAAUGCGGGAGUUUUACACUAUUAUCUUUGUGAGGGAGAGAAACCAGAGGGAACCGUACCUAGAGGCAGUCUUCACCUGUCCGGAGCUGUGAUAUGUCCAAGCGAUGAGGACUCCAAAACGUUUACAGUGAACUGUGCAUCGGGCGAUAUGUUGAAAUUGAGGGCGGUGGACGCUAGGGCCAGGCAGGAAUGGGUUAACGGACUGAGGGCUGUAGCAGAGUCACACACUAAGGCUAUAAGUGCCAACAGUCCUCCGCUACCUCCCAGAGAACACCUGGCAGUCCUCGACGCCCUGGGGUGCGUCCGAUCACAACUCCAGCAGACCGAGCAAGCAGAUUCAGCGCUCUGCCGAACGAUCGAAUCUUCCGGCAGCAAAUUCUCCAUCGAUCCCAACAUGCUGCUGCUGAAAGCGACUUCGGCAGCGUCUCUGCAUUGCCUGACGCAGUGCAUGAGCAUCCUGCAGAGGAACCAGCAUUCGCAGCAGGCGAGAACAGGGAAAAUGUAUCAGAUAUUCUUGAAUUUCCCCGGUAAGAAAGUAAGGAAAAUGAAAUUAAAAAAAUGGAAUAGUUUGUGAUUACCAGCCAAGAUAACAACUUGGAGCAGCUUCUAGAGUGAGACAUCCCGAGGAAUGACGUUUAUAAUUUAUUGUAUAUACUGUUUUUAUGUAAAUAACUAACCAGAAGUGAUGGAGCGAAUAAAUUAUUUAUGGAACUUG